GUAUUUAAGCGGUGUGCGUGGCAUGAUCGGGAAUGUUUCUUUCGAUUUCUUCCAUAGUUUCCGGCAGUUGGAUUCCGAGAUGUUGUUGUUAGUAUGAUCUCAAUCUCUCGCACGGUAUGUAUAUAGGGCAAGGGGUCUGACCUGAACGCGUGGGACCGAUUCGCUCGUUUCAUCGGGUAUCGGGUAUGUAUACAAGCAUCAAAGAUGCGAUAUUUGAACUUUUAGGCAGGUUAAUAUGUUGUAGGACUCCGAAUACUCGCACUGCAUCUCUUGCGCUGACUCUGUUAAUCAAUUCCACCAGACUUGUGAAGAUUCGAGGUCAUGGCGAUCGAUGAGAUCUGGCACAACACACCACGAGGAACACGGUGAAUUGCUGAAGGACCUAAGGUUUGUCGAAAUUAUGUUGUGCUGGACUUAUCGGUCGCGAUACUCCAGUAAGAUCGAGACUAACAACGUAUGAAGACUACGAUUAUAUCCGCUCUGACAUCAAGCACAUGAGAGCAAAAGUGAACCUCUCCGACCCCAUCUAAAAAUCCACGCCUAACCAUGCAAAAAUGCACUUCACCAUAAGUCCAGGAUUAUCGAUCCCUUGUCCGUCCCUAGUGACUCCAUGCAAACCGAAAAACAAUAUUCAGGCAACUUAUUAGCUCCAAAGCAAGUCCCGAACCGCAACAACGAAGAUGAGAAGACUAAGAACCAAACACAUAACGAGAUUCCCCGUCGAUACAUGUAUGCAAGCAAAACGUUCCCAGACAACGCUUACCCCCGAUAUCCAUGCUAUGAACCUCCUCCUAGUCGCGCAUCCUAAAUCCUAUCAAAGACUCCAUCCAAAACCAGAAAACAAUUAGGAAGGACAAAAUAAAAGAAAAUGGUAUCAUAAUCCGCCUUCACUCCCCACCCGCCCCCCUUUCAACUCUUCCUCCCUCUCCCUCUCUUUCUCCCUACCCCUCCAACCUUCCCAACCGUCCUAGCAACGCCCUUCCAAGCCCAAAAGCAACUCUCCCCAACACUAGGCCGAUGCUCCAACUCCCUAUCCAGCCUUUUUCUCUCACAAUCUCUUUUAAAGAUCCUGCUGCGCUCUUGCCGUUCAUCUUCGUCUAUUCUCUCGUCGUCUUUAUCUUCGUACGCGGUGAAGUGGGAUGGAUGGGGUGGGGGAGGUGUAGGGGCGCGGGGGAAGUAUGAGGGGUAGGAUGGGUAGCGUUGGUGUGGGUAUGGAUGGUGAUGGUGGUGGUAGGGAUGUUGGUGGUAGGGAUGUUGGGUUUGGUAUCGGGUUUGUUGGUGAGAGGAUGGGGAUGAUGAAGAGGGAGAUGUGCUGGUGGCGGCGGUGGUGGGGUAGGGCAUGAGUUGGUUCCGCGGCGUUGGGGUUGUAGGGGCGGAGUUGUUGUAGAUGGGGUGGGGGAUGAGUUUGUUGUCGUGGUUGUUGUCGGUGUUUGUGGGGGAUGUUGAUGAUGACGAUGAGUCUGACGGCAUGACUCUUGUUCUUUUCUUUCUUUCUUCUACCCUUUUUCUAGUGGUGCUGUCUUGGCUCGGGCCGUGAGUCUGUAGGAAGACUAGAUGGACGAGUUCAAUCUAGUUUCACUCCUCUUUUCAAGAGCUUUGUUGGUCGGCGGUGUGUGCGAUAAAUUAUCGACUCGACGGGAAGAUAGGUAGGUAGGUGACUCAAACGUGGCCGGAAGAGAAUAGCGGCCGUAACGACUAUUAUACCCCUAACCAACGUCCGCAGUAGACCUUGACGUUUCUUUUGGAUGCUGCAGGGGAAGUUGGGUGAUUGCUGCCUGACUUCUCUAGGCGCCGGCCUCUUUUUCGUGCAGAUCAAUAGACAGCCACCUCAGUAUAAAACAGAAGGUAUUGGAACAGCAAGUGGAAGAAAGUCGCAGUGUAACAAAGAAUACAUGCCCAAGCAGUUGUAUACACAUGCUAACCACCCCUGGUUUCGCCGACGCAACUCCACGCGCCCACCAUCACCAGGCAGACAUGCAAUCACCUAA